AUGGAGCUGCGAGGGAGAGUGGCGCUGGUGACUGGCGGCGCCUCGGGCAUCGGCCUGCAGUACGCUCGCCACCUGCUGCUCGCCGGCCUCAAGGGCGUGGUCCUGGCUGACCUGUCGGAGGAGGCGGGGGCGGCGGCAGCGUUCGCGAGGGCGUACGAUGAGUUCGGCCGUCUGGACAUCGUCAUCAACAACGCUGGCAUACUGAACGACGCCCAGUGGGAGCUGCAGAUUGACAUAAACGUGACGGCGGUGGUGCGAUGCACGCAGCUCGCGAUGGAGCUGAUGUCGCGCGGGGGCGGCGGCGGCGGUGGCGGCGGCGGCGGGGGCGGCGUCGUGCUGAACGUGGCGUCGGUGCUGGGGCUGGCGCCGCUCGCCGGCUGCCCCGUCUACGUGGCCACCAAGCACGCCGUCGUCGGCCUGUCCCGCUCCUACGGGACGCAGUUCCACUGGCAGCGGACGGGCGUGCGGGUGGUGGCGCUGUGCCCCGGCGUCACGCACACGCAGCUGAUCGCGCAGGCGGGCGGCCGCCAGCCGGACCCCGACCAGGGCGCGCUGGCCGUGCGGGAGCUGGCCGCGCUGCCGCAGCAGCGGCCGGAGCACGUGGCCGCGGCCGCCCUGCACGUGCUGCGCGCCGCCCCCAACGGCUCGGUGUGGGUGGCGGAGGGCGGCGAGCCCGCCUACCAGUUGCGCUUCCCGCACCGCACGCAGCUGCGCGCGGCGCUGGCGCUGGCCGGUCCCCAGCGGGAGCCCCUGCCCCCGCCGCCUCCGGCAUUCCUGUCCACUGGCCUCGACCGCGGCGGCCCUGGACGCUGGACGCUGGACGACUCCUCCGGCCAGCGAGCGCGCCGGGGAAGCACAGCCAGCUGCCAUCGACCCGCACGUCCUGUCUCUCUACACUUCCGACAGCUGCUCGACACUGUACCACAUCGCCAGCUAAGAUGGUCGUUCAAUAAAUAA